ACAAACAAACACACACAGCCCGGAGACAUGCUUCUUUCAGACAAAAGCUCCCCCACCCUCAAGACACUUCCGCUACUAUAGCUGUCCUCCUCCACAUCUUUGAUCAAAUCAACGCCUCUCUUUCCUCCACGUCCUCUCCGGACCCCAACUUCCUCUUUAAAUCUACCUUUUUUUUUUAAUUUUAUUAUUACAGCUAAUUGCAAACUCACACCCAAAACACUUUCCAUCUUCCCCCCCCCUCCCCCCCGGCACAGGGAUUGUCAUUAGAUCCGACGCCGUUUUCAACAGAUCCCAGAUCCAACAACCUCAAAAUCCGACACACCGGUAAUCACUUCUAUUAACCAAAUAAACUAAAUCCUCAUUUAUAUUCUACUUCUGCCAGUUUAACGGUCAAGAUGGCGCCGAGCACGAUCCGAAAAGCGAUUGGGACCGUUAAAGAUCAAACAAGCAUAGGUAUAGCGAAAGUAGCGAGUAACAUGGCGCCAGAGCUUGAAGUGGCAAUCGUGAAAGCAACGAGCCACGACGACGAUCCGCCGAAUCAGAAAUAUAUUCACGAGAUCUUGAAUCUAACUUCGUAUUCUCGCGGUUACGUUCAUGCUUGUGUGUCUUUCGUUUCGAAAAGGUUAGGGAAAACGCGGGAUUGGAUCGUGGCGUUGAAAACAUUGAUGCUUAUUCAUAGGUUAUUGAACGAAGGAGAUCCGUUAUUUCAAGAGGAGAUUUUGUAUGCUACUAGGAAAGGUACUCGGCUGUUGAAUAUGAGUGAUUUUAGAGAUGAAGCGCAUUCGAGUUCCUGGGACCAUUCGGCUUUUGUUAGGACUUUCGCGAUGUAUUUGGAUCAAAGACUUGAAUUGAUCUUGUUUGAACGGAAAGGAGGUGAUGGUGGCCGUGUCGGUGGGAGUCGUGGUGCGGGGAGUGCUCAUGGUGGUGAAAUUGAGAGAUAUUAUGGAGGCAGGGGUGGUUUUGGUAGGGAAGAUUUGGGUAGAGGUGAUUUCAGGUCGCCGCCGCCAAGAGCUUAUGAGUAUAGUGAUCAGUAUAAUGGGGAUUAUAAUAGGGGGGGGAGUGGGUAUGGGAUGCCGAGGAGGACGAGGUCGUAUGGGGAUAUGAGUGAGAUGGGGGGCGGAGAAGGAAGGGAAGAGAAGAAGACAGCAACGCCGUUGAGGGAAAUGAAGCCGGAGAGGAUUUUUGGGAAGAUGGGACAUUUACAGAGGUUGCUGGAUAGGUUCUUGUCAUGCAGGCCGACGGGGUUGGCCAAGAAUAAUAGGAUGAUAUUGAUUGCGUUGUAUCCGGUUGUGAAAGAGAGUUUUCAGUUAUACGCGGAUAUAUGUGAGGUUUUGGCUGUUUUGCUCGAUAAGUUUUUUGAUAUGGAGUACCCGGAUUGUGUUAAGGCCUUUGAUGCUUAUGCUAGUGCGGCGAAGCAGAUUGACGAGCUGAUUGCGUUUUAUAAUUGGUGUAAGGAUACUGGAGUGGCGAGAUCGUCUGAGUACCCUGAAGUGCAGAGGAUUACAGGCAAGUUGUUGGAGACUUUGGAGGAGUUUGUGAGGGAUAGAGCUAAGAGACCUAAGAGUCCGGAGAGGAAAGAGGAGGCACCCCCUGUGCCUCAAGAGGAGGAGCCUGUGCCUGAUAUGAAUGAAAUCAAGGCCCUGCCUGCACCGGAGGAUUUUACUCCUCCCCCACCUCCGGAGACGGAGCCCAGGCCUCAGAAACCACAGGUUACUGAGGAUUUGGUGAAUUUGAGGGAUGAUGCUGUCACGGCUGACGAUCAAGGGAAUAGGUUGGCUUUGGCUUUGUUUGCUGGUCCAGCAGCCAAUAGUGGGAACGGAUCAUGGGAAGCAUUCCAAUCUAACGGAGAGCCCCAAGUGACCUCAGCAUGGCAGACUCCAGCUGCUGAAGCUGGCAAGGCAGAUUGGGAAUUGGCAUUGGUUGAGACAGCUAGUAAUUUAUCGAAGCAGAAAGCAACUUUGGGAGGUGGGUUUGAUCCAUUGUUGUUAAAUGGAAUGUAUGAUCAGGGAAUGGUGAGGCAACAUGUUGGCACUGCUCAACUGAGUGGAGGUAGUGCUAGUAGCGUGGCGUUACCAGGGCCUGGGAAUGGUAAAACACCUGUUUUAGCUCUGCCAGCUCCAGAUGGAACAGUCCAGGCAGUUAAUCAGGACCCUUUCGCCGCUUCUCUGUGUGUUCCACCUCCCUCAUACGUCCAAAUGGCAGAUAUGGAGAAGAAACAACAACUGCUUGUUCAGGAGCAGGUGACAUGGCAGCAAUAUGCCAGGGAUGGGAUGCAAGGUCAAACUAGUUUGGCCAAGAUCAGCGGUGGUGGUUACUACAAUGCAGGUCCUAUGCCAACGAUGCCUUAUGGAAUGCCACCUGUCAAUGGAAUGGGGCCGCCACCGGCCGGGUAUUACUACACUCCUUACUGAUUUGAAUGUCAUUUAUCUAUAGAUUUUGUUCAUGUUCACGUCUAUCGUUUUAGUGUUUUGUUUCUCUUAAAAAUACAUGAUGUCAUGUUGUUCCUGCAAUCUGUGCGCAAAAUGGGAGUGACUGGGAGAGGGGGACGCCGAGCUCAAGAGAUUAAUGAUGCUGGGGAAUUUUGAUGUUUGGGAGACCUGUAAUUGGAACUGCGAUGUCUCUUUGUGCUUUGUAAUAUUAGAAUCUUCUGACGUUUUUAUUCUUUA